AUGUACAAGUUUGCACUCAAAUUCGUGUUAGAUGUACAUGAAAUUGGUAUUAAUUCGUUGCAGUUAAAGAGUGCACAAAUUUGCACUCGAGACGAGAGAGAUGUAUACGAAAUUGGUAUUAAUUCGUUGCAGGCACCUCUCGACGCACUGGCUACAUCUGCCGCUACCUAUCAGUGCAUGCGACUCGAUAAAGAAAACCAGUUCUGUCUUUUCUCUCCAAACGGAUCACUUUUCGAAGACAAGAAGUAUAUUCACAAAAGAAAACCCCAAAUGAGCUUUUCGGUAUCAACAGUUUCAUCAUCAAUUCUCACAUCAUCAUCAAAUUUCUUAAAUUGCAGAUUCAACAAUCCUUCUUCUCCUCUAGUUCUUCGUUUCGUUUGUCGAAGCCAAAAUGUAACAAAGAAUGAACUUUCCUUCGUUCUUCAUGAUGCCCUAGAUGCUUCUGGUAAUAAUACAAUCCAUGCAAGAGAAGCAAGGGAGAAUUUUUGUGCAGAGAUUUCGGGGUUUACAGAAAUUGAGAGACAAACAAGUAUAUGUAUCAAUAAAAGAGUUGAUUUGGCGAGAACGGCUUUAUAUAUUGCUGCAGAAGAUGAUUCAUUAGUUUCACACUCAUCAGUUCCUCUUCCUAUUGAUUCUUUCAUCCAGCGUCUUGAUGAUCUUUCUAUGGGAUUUGGUAGGACGUAUAGAACCUCGGUUAGAUCCUCGCCUGAGGCUUUCCUUGAGAAUCUUGACAAGUACUUGUAUGGUCACAAGGGUUUUCGGCGAGCCACACUAAGUAAUGUGGCCGAUUCACGAGCAUUAUAUCUUAAUUCAGUUUUGACGCAUCGUUCAGGCUCUGCAGCCAUGCUUGCACUUAUUUACUCAGAGAUAUUAAAGAUGCUGCGUCUAUCAAACCUUCUGAGUUUUGAUGCUGAGAUCUACUUUCCUCGGGAUCUAGAUGGUCUUCCUAGAGGGUUCGAUAAACGAAAAGGCAAAACUUCCGAUCUACCACAUAUACUGACAUCGCAGGCUCUCCUUGUGGAGAUUUUGAGAAAUCUGAAACAUGCUUUCUGGCCGUUCCAAUAUGAUCCUACCAUGACCUUAUUCUUAAGAGCAGCUCGUGCUGCAAAGUGCACUGAUGAAUCAGACAUUGGAGAAGAAAGUGGAUUUGAGCGUGCAUCUGCAAAGGCUGCUCAACAUAGGCUAGAACGUGGAGUUUGGACUAGUGUUCGUUUGGGGGAUAUGCGGCGUGCAUUAUCUGCUUGUGAACGUCUUAUCCUCUUAGAACAUAAUGUAGACGAAUUCAGAGAUUACAGCAUUCUUCUUUACCACUGUGGGUUUUACGAAGAAUCUAUGAAUUACCUAAAACUCUACCAAUCGUCGAGAGUAACUUAUUCAAUAUCAGAGGAAUCUUCCUUGCGAAAAGAAACGUCGGAUGCACUCAGAGACUCGGAGAGUAUUGCUGUUGAAAAAUUGAUGACUCGCUUGAACCUCAUUUUGAUGGAUGAAGGAUGGACUAAACCUUCAGCCCGGAAAAGUUCUCUUGGGAACUUCUCGGAACCAUGGUAGUGUGUGCAAGGAAGUACUCCCUAAACUCAUAUACACCAGUCAGAUGAAAACGCUACCACCAGUCAGAUGAGAUUUACUAUACAGUUUAUUUCACUUUAUUCUGUAUGCUGUAUUCUCCAAGUACUUGGCAAAUCUUGCUGGGAACAUAACAUUCAAGCUUGUUCAAUGUAGUCAGAAAAUGCUGACAUCUUUGUACAAAAAUGAGCAUCAAAUGUCUAGCAACGUAUAAGGUGUUUCAUUCUCUGCAGUGAAGGUUACUGGUUUGAUUUAUUCGCA